AUAAAAAGCCGAACCGGGUUCCCAUAUCGAGGUAUUCUGAACAAGAGGAGCUGCACGUUCUUUUGGACCACGGCAUUGCCAGCUCGUCCGGAAACAUGAAUACUUUUAUAGUUGCAUGCCUCCUGUCCGCUGCCGCUCUUACAAGUGCACGAAGCGAACGUCGUCUGGGAAGCGAUGCUGGGGCCACCGGUGGAAUCAGCGGCAGGCUGCAAGCCGGCGUUGAACGACUCGGUCCCGGUGGAGCGCCGGGUUUGACCGCAAGCAUUGGAGGUAGUCUAGGUGCAAGGCUCGGUGGUCAGGCCGGUAUUGGCGCAGGCAGCUAUGGCUACGGAGGAGCUGCAGGCUAUCCUGGAUGGUACGGAUCGCCCUGGGCUGGCGCUUACGGUGGGUAUGCCUCUUACGGAGUGCCCUAUGGCAGUGGACACUACGGCUUCAACCCGUAUGGUGACUACGGCUUGUACGGUGCGUACAGCCCAUACGGCGGAUACGGAGGAUAUGGUGGAUACAGUGGAUAUGGCGGAUACAAUACACCUGGAGGCUAUGCCACCUAUGGCUAUCCUGGAGUAAGUCCCACCUCUGGCAACUGGGGUACCGGCUCAUUUGGUGGAGCAACAGGAGCCGCUGUACCAAGGGCUUCUGGUGCCUCUGCUGCCGGACCAUCUGGUGCAUCUAGCAGCGCAUCUAGUGAUGCACCCGCUUCUUGAAUUUAAGGCAAGGCCAACAAGCUGACAAAAGGAUUUUCAAAACUUUAUCCUAAUCUCUCGUGAACUUUGUGUGAGAAGAAUUCAAGGUUUACUUGAAUUUGUUGCUAUAUUAACAUUCGAUUUAUAAUAUUUGGUGAAGGCUAAACGCGAUGCAUGCCAUUCAGGAACGAAAUAAAUUAAAUACAACGCAUGGUUUUA